GCUUCCAGACGCGACGCUGUACGGACGUUCCCCUCCACGACUCCGCCGGCGACGACUCUGCUCGGCGAGGACGACUUUCGCUGACGACUUCGACGCGGGACUCCUCGGUGCGACGACGACCAAGCUCUUAUUUCUUCUUCAUUUAACUCAGUCUUAUUCUUUCAAGAAGACUUUGUGACCGUGUUUGUGUUUUGUCGAAGUUCACGGAUGACUCGAGUGAUCGCCGAAUCUAAAUAAAAAAUAAAACACGCAAGACAGUCCGGGAUUAAGGAGACUUACGCCUGGACUUGCUGCCUGACGGAGGAAAGAUGUGCUCGCGGACCUUGCUCCUGUCUGGGGCUCUCAUGAUCCUCGCCUCGGCUGCCUUCGGUCGAGUUGCCUUUGAGAAGCUGACCGAGCUGGAUUACCGAGGCUCGACCUACUACACCAUCAGGAACCUUUCGCUGUGGGAAUGCCAAGGAUGGUGCAGGGAGGAACCCGAGUGUGCCGCGGCGUCCUUCAGUUUCGUCAUGAACCCCCUGGCGCCCGUGCAGGAGACGCUUUGUUUACUUCAGAACGAGACCAUGGCUACCAACCCUUCCGCACAACCCCAGCGCGCGGUGUCCCUGUACUACAUGGUUAAACUCCACGUCAGGACGAACAAGGUGUGCAACCGACCAUGGACCUUCGAGCGAGUGCCCAACAAGAUGAUCAAAGGCCUCGACAAUGCAGAGAUCUUUACGUCGUCGAAGGAAGGCUGCUUGGCGUCCUGCUUGAACGAGGCGAGGUUCACCUGUCGCAGCGCCGAGUACAACUACGUGACCCUCCAGUGUUCCCUGAGCGAGUACGACCGGCGAUCCGUCGAGGACUCCGUGGAGAUGGUGGACGUUCAGGGAGUCGACUACUUCGAGAACCUCUGCGUCCAAGCAUCGGGCGCUUGUCGAGGAGACCGCGAGUAUGAGCAGCCGCAGCUGGGAGUCCCUAUCAACUUUGUGUCUCAUUAUGUUGAUAUGCAUUACUAUGUUGACAAAGAGCUUAUGGCAAACAGCGUAGCGGCCUGCGAGAGAGCGUGCGAGAUCGAGAACGAAUUCCUGUGCAGGUCCUUCCUCUACAAGGGACCACCUACUGGCAACACCUACAAUUGCCAGCUUUUCCACCUCGAUCAUUUCACUCUCCCCGACGGACCUUCCACUUUCCUCUCCACCGACAGGCCGCUGCUCGACAACGGAGAACGAACGGGAGUCUACUACGAAAACGUCUGCAAGAAAUCCUUAGACAUCAACGUGACAGGCAGCAGCAGCAGUGGCGGCAGCAGUGGCGGCAGCAGCAGCAGCAGCAGCGGGGGAAGUGGAAGCAGCGGAUCCGGCAGCGUGGGUGUCAGUGGAGCUGGGGGCAGCAUCGGGGGUAUUCUGGGUGGUGGCAGCACGGUGGCAGGAGGCAGUGACUCGACCAUCAAGCCGAUAGUUGCUGCUGCUGGAAGCACGCCGGCGACUGCCAACCAGGGGGGUGACAACUGCGAUCCCACGGGCGUCUGUUAUGAUGUGUCGGUGCACUGCAAGGACACGCGCAUCGUGGUGGAGGUGAUGACCAACAGGAACUUCAACGGCCGCAUCUACGCCCUCGGUCGCUCGAAGACGUGUAACAUCCAGGUCAUCCAGUCGAACAAAUUCCGCCUGGACCUCUCCAUGGCAGGGCAGGACUGUAACACACAGAGUGCUAACGGCGUGUACACCAACACCGUCGUCAUCCAACACCACUCCGUCGUCAUGACCAAGACUGACAAGAUCUACAAGGUGCGCUGCACUUACGACAUGUCUUCGAAGAACAUUUCCUUCGGCAUGAUGCCCAUCAGGGAUCCCGACAUGAUUCCCAUCACCUCCGCCCCCGAGGCCCCUCCACCCAGGAUCCGUAUCUUGGAUGCCGAAGCCAGGGAGGUGGAGACCGUCAGGAUUGGAGACAGACUCGCCUUCAGGAUUGAGAUCCCGGAAGAGACUCCCUACGGUAUCUUUGCCCGAAGCUGCGUUGCCAUGGGGAAGGACUCGAGUUCCACCUUCCAGAUUAUCGAUGAUGAAGGGUGCCCCGUGGAACCUUCCAUCUUCCCCCAGUUCAUCCGCGACGGCACCGCCCUUCAGUCUGUGUACGAGGCCUUCCGCUUCACCGAGUCCUACGGCGUCAUCUUCCAGUGCAACGUCAAGUACUGCCUCGGGCCUUGUGAGCCUGCAAGGUGCCAGGUGGGCCGCGAACAGCUGGAGUCCUGGGGCAGGAAGCGUCGAGGCGUCAACAACCCCAGGGACGGCCGCGGACACGUGCAGGAGACCACCAAGGAGGAGGCGAUAGCGGCGGCCGAGCGCAAGAGCAGCGGCGCCAGCGAGAUGAGCAUCAGCCAGGAGAUCCUCGUGCUAGACCUCGGCGACGACCAGAGCCCGCAGUACCGCGAGCAGUCCGAACUCGAGGCCAACAACAACUACUACACUAACAGUGAGUUACCGAACACGUACAACUACGAAGCCGCCGACGUGACGCUCUUCGAAACGUGCCCAACGAGAUCGUCCGUCCUCGCCCUGGCCGUGACCUGUGCCAUCCUGCUGCUCAUCUACGUCCUCACCGUCUUCUACUUCGUCAUGAGAAAGUGGUUCCGUCCCUCGAAGAACGUGCGGUAAAGUGCGGUAUCCGAAAGAGCGAAGAACGUUACCGUGGGGAGGAGGAAGGGAGGAAAGAACGGCAUGUUAGAACGGCACUGGAAGAAAAACAAAAAACAAAAACAAAGACGAGCAUGCAGUGUACCUCCCUGAUUUCUCCUUCCUCAUCUUCGUCCAAAAUAGGUGAUUGAGGAAGAUUCAAUUCAUGCGUAAUGAAUUCUAAAAACAAAUUUAGGUUUAAGGGUCCGACAUUUCUGUGUCGAUGACAGGCAGAGGUAAAAGUUGAUUUGGAAACUGGGAACUGGAUCUGCGUGGCCGAUCCCUUUCCUAUUCAUCCAAGUUACGAAUCAGAGAGAAAAACCUUCGAUCGCCCUUUGUGAAGUCAUCUUUAAAGAGUAAAAUUCCUCCCAAAAGAGAAAAACAAAAUAAAACAACGAAUUUUCCUAAAAGAUUUCCGAAUAAGAUUUAUGAGAGCGCUAUCGAAAGUUUUUCCUUUUUUUCGACAACAGCUGUUUACUCGUGCCAGUGGAGUCCCAGUGUUGGAGGCAUUAUUACCACUUAUGACCCGGGCAUUUAACUACAAGACCGGCAUAAAGAAGACAUUUCCAUGGGCAUUGGAAACCAAAACUAUUAGAUUAAUAUUUUUUUUUUUUGUCUAAACCGAUCUGUGGAUUAUUUUUAGAAACGUAACAAAGUCGGAAUAAGGUCUAGGUGAUUCAGUUAAUGAAAUCACCUGGGUGGUGUUAGAAGGGUGUUGAAUACCUUUUAGUUGCUUUAUUUCCCGCAGCCAUUGGUGGUGACCAGACGCUGAUUUUGGCAUGUGGAGGGGAGAAAAAAUAAACAAUCCCCGUUUUCUAUUGCUGUGAUCCGGAAGUGGUCCCUAACGCCAUUUUAUCAUGGAUUUAGUUUUUUUAAACACGCAUUAACUCGACAAAUAUUUAUCAUGCUAGUUUUGACCAGUUUAGAGAGUGUCCAAGCGAGUUACUGACUAAAGAAUUCGGCCAUAUUCUCCUAAGUCCAGGUUGAGUUCAGCUUCGUUAGAUUGUUAGCGGAUUCCUUUGACGUUAAAACGAAAUUUGUCCCAUUGCUGAUUCGUUGCUGAAGCCUUAGUUACUCCCUUCUUUAAGCAGGAAGACGAAACAACAAAAAAUCAUCAGUUUCAUUUUUUUUUUUUACUUCUGUAUCUCUUUAUUUUAGUCUGUAGGUGGAUAAACAGUUUUUAAAAACAAAUAAAAAUGAAUCACUUGCACCAUUAAACUCCAGUAACGGAAGAACUACGGCUUUUCAGUCACUUUCACUGCAUAAACUCGGACUUCGAAGUCACAUUGCACGCGACGGAACGAGUCAGCGACGAGGACAAAUUAAUGGGGCGAUUUUUUACUUUUUUUUUUACAUUUUUUUCAUUCUUCAUUUAGGAAAGCUGCGGGAAAGAGCCAGUAUAGGGUAGGAAAUCAAGUACGAUUUAAGAUGAAUAAGAAAACAAACAUAUCAGUAUAUAGUUUCAGAAUUUAGUGAAGAUAAGUAUUGAGCAAAAUGCGCUAGAAAUGUUAGCCAGUUCCUUCAGAUACCUGUGAAUCAUCAGAUCCUGAACCGUACAAAUUUCAAACGAUUAUCACCAAAUAAAUACAAAAAAGUUGCUAAUUACAAACAGUACACAAAACAAAGGCAUUUUUAAAACCACAGUGGCAUUAACUAUAUUUGUAUCUUUAAGCAGUAUACUCAUAACAGGUAAUUAUACGAAUAAUUACCAUGCUGUGAGAUGUGAACGAACACCCGCUGGCCCUCUCACCCGGCUGUUGGUGACUGGUAAAUUUUAUUUCAUAAUUCUUAUUGCUUCCUAUUUAUUUGCAUUUUUUGUUUUGUAAAUACUAUUGUUUUUAUUUAUUAUGCUAUUUAUGUAGUGUGUUUCUUAUGUUUGUCUAAGAUAUGAAAAA